AUGUGGCCCAACAACAGCUCGCUGGGGCCCUGCUUCCGGCCAACAAACAUCACGAUGGAGGAGCGGCGUCUGAUCGCCUCACCCUGGUUCUCUGCCUCCUUCUGCCUGAUGGGCCUGGCCUCCAACCUGCUGGCCCUGAGCGUGCUGGCGGGCACGCGGCAGGGAGGAUCGGGCCCGCGUUCCUCCUUCCUCACCUUCCUUUGUGGCCUGGUGCUCACUGACUUCCUGGGGCUGGCCGUCACCGGGGCUAUCGUGGUGUCCCAGCAUGCUGCCCUCUUCAACUGGCACGCCGUGGACCCCAGCUGCCGCCUCUGCCGCUUCAUGGGUGUUGCCAUGGUCUUCUUUGGCCUGUGCCCCCUGCUGCUGGGGGCCACCAUGGCCUCAGAGCGCUACUUGGGCAUCACGCGGCCCUUCUCACGCCCCACUGCCUCCUCGCAGCGCCGGGCCUGGGCCACCGUGGGGCUGGUGUGGGCUGCCGCGCUAGGGCUGGGCCUGCUGCCCCUGCUGGGUGUGGGCCGCUACACCGUGCAGUACCCCGGCUCCUGGUGCUUCCUCACCCUGGGUGCCGAGCCAGGGGAUGUGGCCUUUGGCCUCCUGUUUGCACUGCUUGGCGGCCUCUCCGUCAUGCUGUCGUUUCUGCUCAAUACGGUCAGCGUGGCCACACUGUGCCACGUCUACCACGGGCAGGAGACUGCUCGGCAGCGGCCCCGGGACUGUGAGGUCGAGAUGAUGGCUCAGCUGACGGGCAUCAUGGUGGUGGCCAGUGUCUGCUGGAUGCCACUGCUGGUCUUCAUUGCACAGACUGUGCUCUACACCCCGCCAGCCAUGAGCCCAGCGGGCCAGCUGCCCCGAGCCACAGAGAAACAACUACUGAUCUACCUGCGGGUGGCCACCUGGAACCAGAUCCUCGACCCCUGGGUGUACAUCCUGUUCCGCCGCGCUGUGCUCCGGCGGCUCCAGCGACGCCUCAGCACCCGGCCCAGACCGCUGUCACUCAGGCCCCGCCUCACUCAGGGGCCCAUGCUGCAGUAG